GUAUGGCAACUCCAGCAAAUCCAACCAACACACAAGCAAUUCCGCAAUUUGUUUAAACUAAAUCGUUAAUGAACUUACUGUAAAAAACAAAGAGCAACAAAUAAACCAACAAGCAAUAUCAGAACAUGGCUGACAGAGCUAUAAAGCUGCUUAUAAUCGGAGAAAGUGGCGUUGGCAAAUCCAGCCUGGUACGUCGCUUUGUUGAGAACAAAUUUGAUGACAAUCAUGACGUCACAAUCGGAAUGGACUUUAAGACAGCGGUGAUGAAUGUGGAUGGUAUUGACUACAAAGUCGCAUUGUGGGACACAGCUGGAGCCGAACGGUUUCGCAGUCUAACGCCGAGUUUCUAUCGCAAGGCAUUAGGUGCUAUACUUGUGUACGAUAUAACAGAUCGUGAUUCUCUGGUCAAACUGGAGGCAUGGCUGGCCGAGGUGGACAGCUUCAGUGACAAUCCAAACAUUGCCAUUAUUGUGGUGGGCAAUAAAAUCGAUAAGGAGCGUGUUGUGGAUCGUGAGGAGGGACGCAAAUUUGCACGCAAACAUCGGGCACUAUUUAUCGAAACAUCGGCCAAGUGUGAUCAGUUUGUCAGCGAUGCAUUCAGGGAUAUUGUGGAAAAGAUUGUUUCCUCGGAAUAUUUUGGCAAUGGCAGCACUGCAAAUGGCAUGACCAUAGACAAUACUCAGGAUGUGGAUUCGGCGCCAUCAACGUGUUAUUGUUGAUCGAGAUCGUUAUGGCUUUUCGAUAGUUUCGAUAACUGAUUUUUGUCAAAUUUCUAGUGUGUAUUUAUUUAAACGUUUCUAAAUAUCAUUAGCAUCAUGAAAAAAGUCGUCUACUCUCAAUAUGCUUUCUUACAUAUCCCAUUAACCAAAAAAAACAACUGCUUCGACAUUUGUAACGGGAAACAUAAUGCCCGCUUCGGUUUGGUAAGCAACACGACAAAAAUGUUUAAUGUACCUUAAUUGUAAAUAUAUAAUUUAUGCCCAUACAAGAA